AAUAUUUAUUUUCAUUCAUUCACAAAAUAUUCUUCUUCGUUAAUUUAAGUGUUAAAUUUUGUUCUAAUAUAGAAAAUAUACUAAUUAAAACUAAAUUUACCUUAAGUACUAUUAGCUUGCGCACCGCGGGGUGUGUUGUAGCAGCAGUGAAAGGCAAAGAAAGUAAAAGUUUUAGUGAAAAUUCAAUUAUACAAUCGGUCAUAAAUAAAAAUUUGCAAAAACGGCUUCUCGAAUUUCUUUGCAAUACAAUAAAAUGUUAGUAAUUUUAAGAGCUGCUUUAAAAAAUGUUGCUAAAACAAAUGCUGUGAGAGUUAUAAAGAAAUUCCACCACAAAGCUUUCAGUGAUAAAUAUUUGUUAGUAACAAAUGUUGCCAUUUCCCUGAGUCUUAGUUCGGCCGGAGAUGUGCUAGAACAGCAAUAUGAAAAAUAUUGUGGAGAAAUCGAAAAAUGGGAUCGUACUCGUACAUCUCACAUGGCGGUGUCCGGCAUGACAGUGGGUAUUAUCUGUCAUUAUUGGUAUCAAUUUUUGGAUGCUCGUUUGCCGGGCCGUUCUAUACGCAUGGUGGCCAAGAAAAUUUUCCUGGAUCAAGUUAUUUGCUCGCCCGUUUAUAUCUCUGCCUUUUUUGUUACUUUGGGCAUCUUGGAACGCAAAUCUGCGGAAGAAGUGUGGGAAGAAAUGAAAGAGAAAGCCUGGAAAUUGUAUGCUGCUGAAUGGAUGAUUUGGCCGGUGGCACAAUUUGUUAAUUUCUAUUGGUUACCUUUAAAAUAUCGUAUAUUUUAUGAUAAUAUUAUAAGUUUAGGUUACGACGUUUAUACUUCACAAGUUAAACAUACAAAUUAAAAUUCGUUAUUAUAUAGUUUUUAUAAAAUUAUUUUACUUUGUUAAAUUUAGUAGCGUGUAAACUUUAAAGAGGCUUUGCUAGAGUGAUGGUUGUGUUUUUAAUUUAUAAUUUUAAACCCAAAGUAACAAAAUACCUCAAAAAUACACAAUCGAUGUCGUAUCGUUGUAAGUCGUUUUCAAAUACAAUUUUUUUAACAAAAAAAAAUCAAAAAUAAAAAAUUACGACAUACUACGAUACAACCGUACAACACCGAUUGUGAUUUGGACAAAUAUAUACAUAUACAAUAGAUUUAACGAAACCCUUGUAUUUAUGUUGUAUAGAAAAUCCUGAUAAACAGUUAAACUGUUGUAAAAUCUUUUUGGUAUAUUUUUUAAAAAUAAAGAAAAACUAAACAAAUUGAUAAAAAUGUUACUAUUAUUUAAUGUAAAGUAAACAAAAGGAAAAUAAGCCUUAAAAAUAAUUAAUUCCUAAUCCAAAAAUUUAUUUUUAAUAAUAAAUUAAUUUGUACAAAACAGAUUUAUACUAAAUCUGGUGACCAUACGAUAAAUUCACAGUUCUUUGAAAAUAAUAAACCAUCCUUUUUGUGUUUUGCUUU